AUGCGAGUGUGUACUCGAGGUGACUACGUCAAAGUAUAUUGGGAAGUACAAGGCCCUGGUCCACCUGGCGCCAUCAACGAGCGGUCUGGUUGGUCCAGAGCUCUCUGUGGAAACAGAGCUGAUGUUCCACCCGCACUAUACUCUCCUGGUCCAGCAUUGGUUCUAGAAUUUCAUACAACACGACAAAAUAAUGCCACCGGAUUCCUCGGGACAUACAGCUUUAUUGACAGACGUAAGUUUUAUUUUAUA